UCACAGUUUCAAAUCAAAUGUUGCUUAGAGGGAUUGCAUUUGCGGAAGCAAGACGAAAUUCCGCUAGACGCAUUUUAAAGCCUCAAAAUUCCGGUUGCGAAAAGGAUAACACUGAAUUGACUUACGAUGGAGUCUUUCAGCGUAGUUUGGGAUCAAAGGCAAAUACGUAUUCGCAGUCAGUCGGUGAACAAAGCUCGACUGCUCCCCUUUCUAUUGAAGGUGAGGCGAUAUCCUUCGUCGCCACAGCGUCCAAGCUGGCCGCCGUGGAGGAUGCGGCUCCGAAGGGGCCCGAGGCUUCGAUUCGUUCGAAAGUCUCGCCCACGGCAAGGGCCACCCUUCAGGCCCUCCGAUCCUCCAGAAACAGAAUAUCAGCACCUCUAGCACCUUCUCCAGUAACAACCAAAGACGUCGAAACCAUCACCGAAGUCUGCAGUGGAGCUGACCUACCAGAAGUUGAGAUCAUCAGUUUGCUAGAGGAACAAAUGCCUAGGUAUCGUCUACGAGCCGAUACUCUCACUCAGUUUCAAGGAUACGAAAACGCUGAUUGGUUCAUUCCUUCACCGGCCCUAAAGUCAGUCGACACUGAUUUAAAAUUGUCACCGGACCAAAUCCGGGAGACUCUCAAUUAUUUCAUUUUAUGUAGCAACCGGGUGAGCCAAAUGACCAAGACCUAUAAUGACAUAGAAGCAGUCACAAGGCUUCUAGAGGAGAAAGAAAAGGAUUUGGAAUUAACAGCACGAAUCGGUAAAGAACUUCUAUCGCACAAUCAAAAGCUCGAAACCACAGUUACCAAUUUGGAGGCGAAUUUAAAGGAAGCCAAUGAAAAGAUUACCCAAUUUACGCACGAACUUGUUAAGAAGACAGAACUGAUCCAAAUACUGACAAAUGAUGCCGAAGAAUCAAGCUCCGAAGCCGGUACGCCCACCGGACUCCGUGGUAUUAAUCUUGACAUGAUGCAGAAAAAGAUCAGCUGCCUGGAGGAAGAAAAUAAACAAUUGAGAAGUGAAUUUGCAAAAAUGAUACACGAUGCUGACAGUUCGGAGGAACAAGAAACAAGGCUUGUAAAGGAUAUCGCUGCUCAACUCGCAAGCGCAAACAUGGAGGUAGAUGGAAUAACGGAGGAACUUGAGAGGCAGAAGGAAGAAAAUCGAUUGCAGCAUGAACAAAUUGUCAGUUUAACGGCAAAACUAGCCGAAACGGAAUUAAGAUUGGCACAAUUGAUGGCUGAACAUGAUGAAGUAGGAGCUACUUUGCUCAUCACUAGGGACAAUCAGAAUACUCUGGCAACCGAGUUGGCUGAAUUCAAGGAUCGCUAUGCCGAGGUGGUGAAUCUGUUGGCGGAAACUCAAGAACAAUUGCGAAAACAGAGGAAAAAAGGAAUGCCAACGGUUAGAGGAGGAUCAUUGUUCCCUUCGAUGAGUGCUGUUCCACAACCAGACUCCAUUGCUUCCGAAUUGGAAUCGUCUCUUUAUUCUGAAUUCAGCUUAGAUUCCGGCAUCAGUGCAGAUAGGAUACCAACAUACAAGAAAGUUUUCGAAACGGUGAGAAGUGCAUCGAGAAAUACAUCUUAUCCAGUUGAUGCAAAUCAAUUUCCACGAAUAGGUUCAAUGACAGUAUCUACUCUAUCGAAUGGUUCUAUUGGACCGCGAAUGAGUUGUGGACAGGUUCGACCAUUACCAUCAACAUUUCCCAGUUUGGAUUCCACUGGCCAUAGUGAUUCAGAAGGCUCACUUCUCACAGACUCGGAAGAGUAUCCAGGUCCACAGCAAAUUGGAGUACCAGGAGCUCCUGGUGCAGCAGAUUUGGAAGCAGCUCUUCGUAGAUUAACACCUGCAGAAGUUCUCACAAGGCGUGCAUGUCUCAGCACUGGUACAGGCUAUACUUAUGACUACGAUGCUGGAACUCAUUCAUCUUCCACCUUCAUACCUCUUGGUUGUAGAACUCCGGAUAGUAUUAUGUCUACAGGAAGUAGUGGAAAUUUAAGUGGUUAUGGUGGAAAUGCUUGGAGAAUUCCUGAAAAGUUACAAAUAGUGAAGCCUAUCGAAGGUUCACAAACAUUACACCAUUGGUCGCAAUUAGCUACACCUACAUUAGGUGGUCUUCUAGAAGACCGACCAGGAGUAAAAACACGAGGAGGUCGUGGCCUGGAGGAUUUAGGCCUAGUUACUUUCACUUUAAGCGACCUUGAGGAAGAUGAAGAAUAUACCAACCCUGGAAAACUCUUUCAAGACACUGGUUCCAUAUAUACAUUUACUAACAGUACUGUUCUCCACCCUGAUGAUCAUACAAGCGUCACUCCAAGUAUUAUCGGUAGUAGGGUUGCAACAGCACCUAGUAGUACUUUAAAUUCUGGUAUGAGUACUCCAAGAACAUUAAGUAGAAGAAAUUCGACUUCAACAUUUUCAACAACUCUUGGACUUGCAAAAAUGUUAAAUGAAAGAGGUAUAAAAGCUGUAACACCUUCUUCUGCAUUAACUCCAAGCGAAGAAAAAAAUUUUACACCUACUGCAACACCCUGUAAUAGUCCUGAUGCUAGUCCUCCAGAAAGUCGACCAAAUUCACCAACUCCAGAAAGUGGACUUUCUUUAGGAUUAUUAUCUAGUGGAGCUGAAUUACUAAAAAGAACAUUUGGUGGAGAAACUGAGGCGAAAAGAAAACGAACCACGUUAUCCAGAUCAGACAAGAAAGCUCUUACCAGUAUUCGUUUAGUUGAAAAACUUGAAAGAAUAGGUAUCGACACUAUAAUGGCUACAACAGUUGGUUCCUGUAUCUCUCCGUUAGCGUUACAAGGGUCUUUAUACAGCAGACGUACCGGAAGUCCUAUGGCUCAAUUAUCUUUCCUGAAAAGCUCAAUGUCCUCAAGUGGAAGUCAAGAAAAACUUUCACCUUCCACUAGUGGUGACUCCACAUCGUCAAAACGUAAAAUGAUUGACAAGAAACAGGACGAGUCUAUGGCAAACAGACAAAGAAGAACUGGUGCUAGAGCCAUGAGACCUGAUCUUGGACAGGUUACGUCUGCGAUCCCUGUUACAGUCACAAAAGAAUCUCCUGCGCAAUCCGCUUUGGGAACUAUUAGCUCGCUUUUGUUUGGACGAAAGGGUGGAUUACUUUGAGAUCAUUAUUUAUUGAUCACUAAGUAAAUUAUAAGGAAGAAAUCAAAGAAGUUUUUAACAAAACGUAAUGGAAGAUUGUCGGAGCGGUGAUAAAAUGAACAAUUUAUUUUGUUUCAUCUGUAUUAAAUUUACUUCGUACAAAAAUUUUAUUAAAAAUUAUAAACUGACUUUUUA